AUGAAACGUUUCAUCAACAACAACUUUACCUCGUUUGCCGUCGGAUCCCUGACGCUUUCCAUGGCUGCUGGCUGGUGGUGCCUCUCCAUCAUUCAAGACAAACAAAAGGAGCGACUGCCACAGCAAGCCGCAAGCGUACUCGACGAUUCUCCUCGCGUCAAGAGCCGAGAAGAAUUGAGGCUGCGAGCCAUGGUGGAAAAUGCACUCAAUUCAACCAGCAGGGAAAACCUAGACAAUGCGUUUCACGCUCAGGAGCGGUUCAUGUUGCCGGGAAGAGAUCAUGGAGGCGAUCCCAAGUUUGUCACGAAGAUUGAUCGUCGUUGCGACGAAUUGAUGAAACAACAACAAAGCAAGACACAACUGCAACAAGAUGGGGAGGAUUCCGAAGGAGACUUGGAGAAGCAUCAGAACAAAAUCCAGUUUUGGAAGUGA